AUGGUUCUGUUCGGGUCCCAGCUCAAGAUCCAGAUCCUUUCUUCCUUGCUCUCCCUCCCGCCUUCUUCCCUAGCAGCAGGGUCUUCCCCCAGAUCUCCGGCCGAUUUCGGGAUCAAGACGAGGAACUCUCAAUUGGGCAGCUCUUUCUCCUCCUCCGGUCUAUCCCCAUCCCCCGUACUGAAAUCCACGACGUUCGGGUCGGACAAUUCGGGCGAAAUGGAGCUUUCCGAGGACUAUACCUGCGUCAUCUCCCACGGCCCCAUCCCGAAAACCACUCACAUGUUCGACAAUUGCAUCGUAGACGCCUGCUGCGGCGUGUUUACCCUCGAUCCCUCGGUCAAAGAAGUGUCCGACGAUUUCUACCCUUCUUAG